AUGGGUGAAAGGAUCGGCACCAUCUUGAAAUUGGUGCCGAUCUUGGCAUCAAAAAAGAGACGAUUCACCAAGGAUUACCACAAAUUUUUUUCAUUUAACCAGGCUAAACCAAAAUUUGCUGCUGUUAAGAAAACCAUCAGUUUAACUGAUAAUCGAAUAAAAGCAAAAGACAGAGUAAUAAAAAAGAAGAAAAAAGCUAACAAUGAGCCUAAAAUAAAGGAAGUGCCUCAGCAUUCCUCUGCAUUGUUCUUCAAAUAUAACACACAGCUUGGACCUCCGUAUCAUAUCAUUGUAGACACCAACUUUGUAAACUUUUCUAUCAAAAACAAAUUAGAUGUAUAUAACUCCAUGAUGGAAUGUCUAUGUGGAAAAUGUAUACCAUAUGUAACAGAUUGUGUCCUUGGUGAAUUAGAGAAAUUGGGGAGAAAGUUUCGAUUAGCCCUCAAGAUAGUUAAAGACCCUAGAUUUCAAAAGUUAGCCUGCAUGCAUAAAGGAACUUAUGCUGAUGACUGCAUUGUACAAAGAGUAACUCAGCACAAAUGUUAUAUUGUGGCCACAUGUGAUAAAGAUCUGAAAAGAAGAAUAAGGAAGAUCCCUGGUGUCCCAAUAAUGUACAUUUAUCAACACAGGUAUUCCAUUGAAAGAAUGCCAGAUGCAUAUGGUGCUCCAGCACUGUAA